AUGACAACCGAAAAGCCAACCUUCCUCAUCGUCCACGGAGCAUGGCACCCACCCUCUUGCUACCAACCCCUCAUCACAACUCUCUCCUCCUCCUUCCCCGUAAAAGCAAUCACCCACCCAAGUCUCAACCCCUCCGAUCCCCAAACAGCAACCUGCUCCGCCGACACCGACGCCCUCCGCUCCACCCUCCUCUCCCUCCUCGAAGCAGGAAAAGAAGUAAUACUCCUCACCCACUCCUACGGCGGCAUCCCCGGCCACGCAGCAGCCCACGGUCUGAGCAAGCAAACCUACGUCCAAGCCGGGAAACCAGGUGGUGUGAUAGGGGUCAUUAACAUGGCGGCUUUUAUCGUUCCCGAGGGGCAGAGUUUGCUCGCGGGUGAGGAGAAUGCUGCUUGGAUUAAAGAAGAUGAUGUAAUUAUCUCCUUCCCUAUCUCAGGUCCGUACCAUAUCCAAUGUUAGUACUAACCUGUACACACCAGCCCUCCUCAGGCCUCUGCACAGUCCCCUUCCCAAUCCCAGUAUUCUACCAAGACGUACCCCCCGAGACUGCAGUCGCACUCUCCUCCUCGCUCCUCCCCCAUUCGAUCCUCUCUUUCAAUUCCCCCUCUCCGGCACCCGCCUGGAAAGACCCGGAGUUCGCAGGCAGACUAUUAUACAUAAGGUGUAUGCAAGACAGAGCCAUCCCAGCGUCCAUGCAGGAUCUAAUGAUAAAGGAUAGUGGGGUGGAAUGGGUUGUGAGGGACAUAGAUGCUGGUCAUAGUCCGUUCUUGAGUCGACCUGAGGAGCUGAGUGAUAUUUUGAAAGAGCUGGCUGAGAUUUUUGGAGGGACAGGAAUUUGA